AUGAGCGCCCUCCGCAUUGCCCGCUCCGCCCUCCGCGCGCGCCCUGCCGCCAUCGCCCGCCCCAUCCAGCGCCGUGGAUACGCUGAGGUCGCCUCGGACAAGAUCAAGCUCUCCCUAGCUCUGCCUCACCAGACCAUCUUCAAGUCCCAGGAUGUCGUCCAGGUCAACCUUGCCGCCGAGACCGGUGAUAUGGGUGUCCUCGCCAACCACGUUGCAUCCAUCGAGCAGCUGAAGCCCGGUCUGGUCGAGAUCAUCGAGGAGUCCGGCAGCAACAAGCAGUUCUUCCUGUCUGGUGGAUUCGCCGUUGUCCAGCCCGACUCGAAGCUCAGCAUCAACGCCGUCGAGGGAUACCCGCUGGAGGACUUCAGCGCCGAUGCCGUCAGGAACCAGAUCGCCGAGGCCCAGAAGAUUGCCAGCGGCAGCGGUAGCGAGCAGGACAUUGCUGAGGCCAAGAUUGAGCUUGAGGUUCUGGAGAGCCUGCAGGCGGCGCUCAAGUAGACGUGUAAAUAAGCGUUUUGGAGGUUGACGAUGUGGUAUGUAUAGUAUCAAGCCAACUGGACUGUGUUUUCAUGGCAGUGAGGACCACCAGAGUGUUUCAGGUUUCACAUCAGGUGCGGAGCACGCGGCGUGCUUUCCGUCAGGAAUUGAUAGAAGGUACAUCUUGAGCCAGCCCAAAACACUUUGUUUAUCGCGC